GUCACAGCGUAAGCCCGCCUGCCGUAAAAUGUCGAAUCGAGGAGCUUACUACAAGAAUCGAUAUGGAGGAAGACGGGGAUCUAGAGGUGGAUGGAGAGGUAAUUAUCAAAACCCAAACAGUUACGGUCAGCAAAGACCAGAUUCUGCCUCAAACGAUGGCAGGGGGUCCAGCUAUGGAGGCUCAAGGAACUGGGAGGAUCUGGCUCACACUCUGGCAGACUUAGAGGGGAAAAGCUACAAAGCUUACCAUGAUAUAUCAGGAUGCUGGAUUUUUCCAAACUUUAAACUUUAUGCUGACAAAAUACAGAGUGACCCUUUUGCUCCUGCAUCAUUGUUCAGAGUUAUCAUGGAUCAAGAUGUUGCAGGAUACCCAGCAUUUACCAGCAGCACUCGUCUUCAGCAAAUAGCAACAGGUGACUACCUGACAAGAAUAUUUUCCAAUCUUGUGCGGUUUGGAGGCCAUGAUAGACAGCUGAGUGGUGGCAGCGAAGGAUGGCAUGGCAAGAAAGGAGGGAGCAUGAAUAUUGAAACACCAUGUCAACAUGUUCUUGAGAGGACUUCUUGUAUUGUGACACCUGAAACUGUUGAGUUGAGGUUCACAGUAUCCCUUCCAGCAAGAGGCCGAACCAUCGAAGGACAUGCCUGCAAGAGAAUUCUCACCGAGAACCUUCCGCUAAUUAUUAAUAAGGCUCUUCCAUACGAAAGUCAGGAUCAAGCAGCGCUUAAGAAACAUGUGGAGUGUGUUGAAGACCAGGAGUACAUUCGUUCUCAGCUCUCUGCAGCCAACCUUGUGGCAUUUGUCAGAGAUGAAGCUGUUCUACCGCGUGCAAGUGGAGCAGAUGACAGGCCAAUGGAAAGGUCUGGUGUCACUUUGUUCAAAAGUCCGGACAGUUUGAGAGUGGAGUUUAAUAUGCCACACGCUGGAAAGGUGACAGGCAUGGGUAUUCCUAAAGGGGUAUCUCUUAUUGUGGGCGGUGGUUUUCACGGCAAGUCCACGCUGCUAAAUGCCAUCCAGUUUGGAGUGUAUAACCACAUCCCUGGGGACGGACGGGAGUUUGUCUGCACCGAUCCGACAGCGGUUUCAAUACGGGCUGAGGAUGGUAGAAGUAUAGAGAAAGUAGACAUACGGCCAUUCAUAAACAACUUACCUUUUGGUCGAGACACGAGCAAGUUUUGUACCCAGGAUGGCAGCGGCUCGACUACACAAGCUGCAAAUAUUGUCGAGGCUUUGGAAAUUGAGAGCAAGUGCUUGCUAAUUGAUGAGGAUACAAGCGCAACGAAUUUUAUGAUUCGAGAUGCCCGCAUGCAGAAGCUGGUUGCUGCUGAAAAGGAACCAAUCACUCCUUUUAUAUCGAAGGUUCGUAGCUUGUUCGACGACUUUGGGGUCUCGUCGAUCCUCGUUAUAGGAGGCUCAGGAGAUUAUUUUCAGGUUGCUGAUCACGUGAUCAUGAUGGACUGUUACUCUUCGCGUGACGUCACAGAUCAAGCAAAGGCCAUUGCUAUGGAGCAUAAGGAGAUCAGUCCUCAGUCUCGCAGUCCGUUUGUUAUGCCUGCGCCUCGGAUUCCCAUAGCUGAAAGUUUUGACGCUACAAUCGGAGACAGAGAGAAGGUGAAAGUGAGGGGAAAGACGCAGUUUGGUUUCCAGGUGCAGUUUGGUAACGAAGAAAUCGAUCUCUCGUUUAUUGAGCAGCUGGGAGAGUUCAGUCAAACGAGGGCCAUAGGAGAUACUAUUCUGUACGCAAGGAAUAAUUAUAUGGACGGAAAGACAUCGCUUCUGAAAGUGUUGCAAAGGGUGGAGCAAGACUUUAACACCAAAGGUCUAGACGUACUCAGUCCCAGACUUCCUCUUGGCUGCUAUUCUCGCCCCAGACUUCACGAGAUCGCCGCUGCCAUCAACAGGUUGAGAGCACUGGCCAUGAAAUGAAAUUAGAAAGCGGCGAAGAAGAGCGAGGGAAGGAAAGCAUUCAAGUUAUUUUUUCCUUUCUGUUAUGAUCACGUUGAGUUUCCUAUCGUAGCGCCAGCACACCAUAUACUUAAUACCCUGCGGUUUGAAGCGUUCAAAAAGGUUUCCAGGCAACGUGACGCCAGUUGCAAGUGAAGAUUUCUGAGAACUCGAACCGUCUUGUAAUUGGUCUGUUAUAAAGUCGCUAGGUCUUUAGUAAAAUAAGAGGGAAUCUUGCAGACGGACAAUGGAAGGCGAACGAGACAAUGCAAAAUAAUCUACGGGCAGAGUAAAUUGGAAUUUGGAUUCAACUUUGAACUAUCUAUUUACAGACACAUUACAUGUAGCUUACAGAUGUAAAGUGUAGAUUUCCAAGUUGGAAAUAAAGUUACUCGUCAGUCCAGAA